CGCAGUGGCGACGAGGCGGCGGGCCGGGGCGGAGGCGGCGCGGUGCGGCGCAGGCGGGCGGCUCCACCUCCGCAGUUCCGACGCCCUGCCCUAGAUUUGCUGACGGAGAGUGGGUCCUCUCCUUUGCUUCUCGCAGGAGUCGCAGUGCCAGCAGUAGCGGCCCGCAGCGGGACGCGGUCCCCGCAGCCCGGCGCGCAGGCGGGAUGUCGGUGGUGGGCAUUGACCUCGGCUUCCUCAACUGCUACAUCGCGGUGGCGAGGAGCGGCGGCAUCGAGACCAUCGCCAACGAGUACAGCGACAGGUGCACGCCGGCCUGUAUAUCUUUGGGAUCCAGAACUCGAGCCAUUGGAAAUGCAGCUAAGAGCCAGAUAGUCACAAAUGUAAGAAAUACAAUUCAUGGCUUCAAAAAGCUUCAUGGGAGAUCGUUUGAUGACCCCAUUGUGCAAACCGAGAGAGUCAAGCUUCCCUAUGAGCUGCAGAAGAUGCCCAAUGGAAGUGCAGGAGUUAAGGUUCGGUACCUGGAGGAAGAGAGGCCCUUUGCGAUUGAGCAAGUCACUGGGAUGUUGUUGGCUAAGCUUAAAGAGACCUCAGAAAAUGCCCUGAAGAAGCCAGUGGCCGACUGUGUGAUCUCGAUCCCGAGCUUUUUCACCGAUGCAGAGAGACGGUCCGUGAUGGCGGCAGCUCAGGUUGCAGGCCUGAAUUGUCUGAGGCUGAUGAAUGAGACCACUGCAGUUGCACUGGCAUAUGGAAUUUAUAAACAAGAUCUUCCCUCAUUAGAUGAGAAACCAAGGAAUGUUGUGUUUAUCGACAUGGGGCAUUCUGCUUAUCAGGUCUCCAUUUGUGCUUUUAACAAAGGAAAACUUAAAGUGUUGGCUACUACCUUUGACCCAUAUCUGGGUGGCAGGAACUUUGAUGAGGCUUUAGUGGACUACUUCUGUGAUGAAUUCAAGACCAAAUAUAAGAUAAAUGUCAAGGAGAACUCUCGGGCCUUGUUGCGGCUGUAUCAGGAGUGUGAGAAACUGAAGAAGCUGAUGAGUGCAAAUGCAUCAGAUCUUCCCUUGAACAUCGAGUGUUUCAUGAAUGACCUUGAUGUUUCUAGUAAGAUGAACAGGGCUCAGUUUGAACAGUUGUGUGCUUCGCUCUUGGCCAGGGUUGAACCACCUUUAAAAGCAGUAAUGGACCAAGCUAACUUACAACGUGAAGACAUAAACAGCAUAGAAAUUGUAGGAGGGGCCACUCGGAUUCCUGCAGUCAAGGAGCAAGUCACUAGGUUCUUUCUGAAAGACAUCAGUACCACCCUCAAUGCUGAUGAAGCCGUUGCCAGAGGAUGUGCAUUGCAGUGUGCGAUUCUGUCACCAGCAUUUAAAGUGCGUGAAUUUUCCAUAACAGACCUUGUUCCCUACUCAAUCACAUUAAGGUGGAAGACUUCUUUUGAAGAAGGGACUGGGGAAUGUGAAGUCUUCUCUAAGAACCAUCCUGCCCCAUUCUCAAAGGUCAUAACUUUCCACAAGAAGGAGCCAUUUGAACUAGAAGCAUUUUAUUCUAAUUUGCAUGAAGUGCCUUAUCCUGAUCCAAGAAUUGGGAACUUCACUAUUCAGAAUGUUUUCCCACAGUCUGACGGCGAUAGUUCUAAAGUAAAAGUUAAAGUUCGUAUUAACAUCCAUGGAAUCUUCAGUGUGGCCAGUGCAUCAGUGAUUGAGAAGCAGAAUCUGGAAGGCGAUCACAGUGAUGCCCCUAUGGAAACAGAAGCCUCAUCUAAGAAUGAAAGCAAAGAUGAUGUGGACAAAAUGCAAGUUGACCAAGAAGAAGGAGGUCAUCAAAAAGGUCAUGCUGAGCACACCCCAGAAGAGGAGAUUGACCACACGGGGGCCAAAACGAAGUCACCUCCUUCAGACAAGCAAGACCGCAUAAAUCAGACUAUUAAAAAAGGGAAAGUCAAGAGUAUUGAUCUACCCAUCCAGAGUAGCCUGUACAGACAACUGACCCAAGAUCUUCUCAAUAGCUACAUUGAAAAUGAGGGGAAGAUGAUAAUGCAGGAUAAGUUAGAGAAAGAAAGAAAUGAUGCUAAAAAUGCUGUGGAAGAGUACGUCUACGAUUUCAGAGACAAACUGGGCACUGUCUACGAAAAGUUCAUCACUCCAGAAGAUAUGAAUAAACUAUCUGCAUUAUUGGAAGACACAGAAAAUUGGCUUUAUGAAGAAGGAGAGGACCAACCUAAACAAGUUUAUGUGGAUAAGCUUCAGGAGCUAAAGAAAUAUGGCCAGCCCAUUCAAAUGAAGUAUGUGGAGCAUGAAGAGAGGCCCAAAGCUUUAAAUGACUUGGGCAGGAAGAUGCAGCUGGUCCUGAAAGUGAUAGAAGCGCACAGGAACAAGGAUGAAAGGUAUGAUCAUUUGGAUCCUGCUGAAAUGGAAAAAGCUGAAAAGUACAUCAGUGACUCCAUGAAUUGGCUGAACAGUAAGAUGAAUGCACAGAACAAAUUAAGUCUUACUCAAGAUCCUGUGGUAAAAGUGUCAGAAAUAGUUGCAAAGUCAAAGGAACUGGAUAAUUUCUGUAACCCCAUCGUUUAUAAGCCCAAACCAAAAGUAGAAGUUCCUGAAGACAAAGCAAAAGCUAACAGCGAACACAAUGGACCAAUGGAUGGACAGAGUGGGACAGAGGCCAACCCAGAUCCAGCAAAAGGCAGCUCCCAGCACACUGAGUCUGGAGAGAUGGACGUGGACUAAGUUUCAUGUACUUCCAACGGUGGGGUCACUGCAGGGUCCAUUCACCCUUUACACCCAGUACACACAACAUAUGUUCAGUUGUUCUUAACUACUUUUGUCAUUUGUUCUUUGGAGUAGUUUUGAAAAGUGUCAAUAUUGAGUGCACUGUUGAUGUCCAUUGCUGCUGUGAAGCUUUAGCUGAAUAUAGAUGUGCAAAUCAGUUUGAGCUCUCCUCACAUACUUUGUGUCAGUAUGCAGGACUGCUAUGGACCCGGAAUCCAUCUCCCUCAGUCACAGCUUUUGCUUGUAUAGCCCUCAGCUCCUCUAUGCAGAAAGGGAUACUGCAUUGCUCUUUGGUUGCAGAGACAGGGGCUUGAAUACAUUGUUAUUGUGAAAACAAAUUGAAUUUCAUGUGGUUUAGAGCCACCAGCACUGACCUUUUCCUAGUUUCCAUAUUGUUAUUAUUUAAAUAUUAAAACAAAUGAGAGGUUCUGACAUACUAGUCCAUCUCACUGGCGCGCCUCAAGAACUCCAGCCUUGUUAUCACAUAACUGAACUUAAUGAGUCAGAAACAGUGCACAGUUUGACAUCCAGAUGACACCAGCAUUUGCUGCUUUUGUUAGUAGAAUGGAUUGAUGUUUUCUCAGAGUAACUUUUCACUUGAAACUGUUGAUUUACUUGUCCUAAAGACCAGCUGCUGCUACACCAACUCUAAGCCUAUACCUUCAUUUUGGGGAAGCACUGUUGACCUGUUCAGAUGUGCAUCUGGGUUGCUGACAGGCUUAGUUCAGUUUUUAUAGUUGUGUUGGUUUUCUUAAUUGAUUUGUGUUACUAAUACCUUAAUCUGGGGUAGGGAGAAAUUGCACACUGCAUUGCUUUAUAUAUACCUAUCACUGAUUUAAUGUUCCAAUGUAGAUAGGCACUAUUAAAUAAGCAGUAAUUCCUGAAAAGGAGUACCUGUACCAUAAGUCUUAGAAAAUGAUGCUUGUAAUAAACAUAACUGUGCUACAUCAGUAGGUAAAAUACAUAAUGUUACAUAGUGUAAUGUGAUAUGAUGUGAUUAAAUUAUAGUUCCUGCUGUUAAAUUGCCUUUUGAAACUUGGCUCCAGGUUUGGUGCUUCUUAAAUGGGAAAAGGCACAGUGUACUUCAGCUAUAUUAAGGACCUGGUCUGUGGUUUAUCACUAGACUUAUUCACACCAUUCAGUUCUAUCUUGAGGCUUGUAACUGUUUAUUUAACCAUGGGGAGGGCAAGAGUGAUGUUUCAAUCUUCAAGGGAAAAAUGCAAGAAAAAUGCAUAGACCUUUGUGUUCCUAAUGCCAGUUAACUGAAGAUCAACUUCAGUUAUAAUUUUCAAAGGCUCUUUUCCCAAAGCUAAUCUUUAUAUUAAACACAAUCCUGACUUUUCUUAAGUAGUUAAAGACUGAGAGUAUACUAUCUUCAGGGAUAGUCGUUUCUCAAACGAGUUCUCUAAUAGAGACUUUGUUCCUACAAUGUAGUUUGCACUGAAAGGAAAGUGUAGGAGGGCGGGUGGUCAUUUUGCAGGAAUUUUUAUUCAGCUUUUGGAUGGGAUAGCAUCCCUUUUUAUUAAAAUCAUAUAGUCACAACAUAUUUUAAAUGUCUAUAUCUUUUAUUAAAGUGAAAUAAUUAGAUCCAAUAAAUGAAGAAAUACAUUUUUAAGUAGCUAUCAGUUACUUUUCAUUUGUAUGGUGAAUAUAUACAUAGGUCCAUUUUAAAUAAAUCAUGGUUGUGAAGGGAUACGUGACUACCCAGAGAUCUUAGAGCUGCUUCUUGGUUAAUCCUCACACUCACUCAGUAAGGAGCUGUUCCUCAGAAACAUGUUGGAAGUGGCAGAAACGUCUCUCCCUGCAGACCUGAGUGUCCAGCAGAGCCUCACAUUUCCCAGCCUGCUCUUCAGUCACUUUCAGUAGUUUAGUCUUUUAGUCAGAUAAAACACAUUUUUGUAAUUAUAUCAUGUCUCAUUUAAUAAGUUAAAUAUAUCCGAAUAAAAUCUGUAUACUUUUCAAACUAAUUUGAUAUGAAUGUUAAAAAAAAAAAACCCUAUGCUACACAUGGAAUUUAAAGGAAGGAAAAUUUAUUCUCCUUAGUUUUGAGUAGAUAGUAUGAUUGAACUCAUCUGUAAUAUACAUUGAAUUAGGUAAUUCUAGAUCCAAGAGUUUUCCAAACAAAAAGGUGCAGUUUUAAAGAAUAAAUAGCCAAAGCAAUGUUACCAUUCAUCAAAACUAUUAAAAAAUAGUAGGAACUAAAAGUUCUUAGUAUGGUUUAAUUCUGCAAGUACAAAUUUCCUUCCUUUAAGAAACCAACCCUUAAGUCAGCAUUUUACAGCUACAAAAGCUUCCUCAACUUCUGGAUCUUUAAGGAUGCAUCUAGCAUAUUAUUAGAGGAAAUGGUAACAGAAAAGGCAUAUUCAUCAAAAUACAUCGAAACAAGGAGCUUUCAAUUCAAAGAGUCAAAGAUAGUAACUAAACCAUGACCAUCUGAUGUAUGAUGCAGUCAAAUCCAUGCUAAUGAAAAUAAUACGACCCUUGUUUGGAGUGUGAAGCGUUAUCACCCGAGUCACAGGUUGAUUAAAGAAACAUAUUAAGACCUUAAAAUGUACUUAUCCUAUAAAGAGACAGUGAGAUACAACAUGUUUUAGAUUGUAUUAUAGCAUAUAGAUAACAUGUUCACAAUCAAAGGUAUGUAAAAUGUCAUUUAAAUGGCCAGUGUUUUCAAAUGCAAUGUUCUUUUAAAAUCUUGAUUUUCCUUUCCUUCCUCUCUUUCAUGAUAUUGAAAGAGUGCAUCUUGUCACUCUGAUGAUUAAUUAGCAAUUUAGAUAAGUUUAGGAGCUUCUCUCCCCUUAUUUUUGAGGCUAGGUCUAGAUAUGCAGUUUAGGCUGGCCUCCUCCUUGUGAUCCUCAUGCCUCAGCCUCCAGUGCUGGAAUUAGAGGUGUGUGCCACUAUGUCCAGCCCUUUGUUUCCUUUUUAAUACUAAGUCUUAAAUUUAUGAUUUGGGGCUCUUAAUUCAUAUGAAAUAAUCCAGAUUAUACAUUUCCAUAUUCAACAUCUCCAAUUUUAAUAAUCUUCAGUUUUAAUAGUACCAUUGAACAGAUUCUCCGUCUUUUGGGUGUUAAGUAAUUUGAAGUAGUUCUGGACCAAAAGAAGUCAGUUUGUACAUGUUGUCUGUUAAAUAUGACAAAAUAACAAAGCCAUCAGAAAGUUAAAGAACAGACACCUUUGAUUCUUUGAUGCUUUUUGAUUAAAAAUAAGCAUUGUACAUCUUUCUAGGUAUUAUUUUUAGUUUUCUAAGUUUGUUCUUUCUGAGAAAUUAAGUGAAAAUACUUUUAAAAUCAUAUCAGCAUGCUUAGAAUGUAGAUGUUAAAAAACAAUUUAAAAUGAAAAACUAGGUAAAAGAAGCUUUACAGUGUACAUUUUUCUCUAAAAUAAACUUUUGUGGCUUAGUGUCUUGGAAGGAGCGUCCUAACACCAAGUGGUCACCUCUUAGAUUUGGUAGGAAGAAGCCACUGUUACUUAACAUCACACUACACAGAAACAGUUUUUAAAGGAGUCUAUACUAAAUUGUUCAGUUCUAGUAAAAUGGUACACCAAUCAUCUUCACAACCAUUAUAACUAUGUACAAAGUGACUCUACCCCAGUCGUUCCUAUAAAAUAACUUUCGACAGUUUCUUAGUAACUCUUCUUAGUUUCUGUCCUUUUAGAACUGUACAUUUGAUUUCUCAAUUCUGUUUGCCAUGCAGAAAACUGUAAUCAAAUGUGACAUAUCUAUAAAAAUAAUUUUGUUUGACAUCAUAGACCAUUACAUUUAAUGAACAGACAUAAGAAUGACUUUCAAUGUUAAAUGAUAAUAUUCUACAAAUAUUGUUUUGUAAUAUGACUUUGGUUCACAAAUAUACCCACAAAAUGUUUGCAUAUGGAAUGAUCAAAGCAUAUAAAACAUUUCCUAUGUAUGUAAAUUGCAUCUUCAUACUAGGGAACAAAUCACAAUUGAUAAUAAAUGCAGUUCAUUUUUGGAUGUCAGUCCACAUUGUCAAGACGUCAUGUAAUAAUAAUAAAUACAUAUUCUAUCUGCUCCUUGAA